AUGAGCGAUCAAAGUUCGCAAGACCCCGCUCCAGAGCGGUGUGUGGGAGGUGAGGAGGAGAGUGAGGAGGGGAAGGAGAAGAAGACGGAGAAGAAGACGGGGAAGAAGAUGGAGAAGAAGGCGAAGAAACAUGCCUCAUAUAACGACAGGAUGGGAAAGAAGAUUAAGAAACCUCAACGGAGCAAAUAUGACGGUGUCGAGGCCUUGCUGCUUACCUUCGAAAACCACGACCUGAAGGACUUGAACACUGAGACCAUUCAGCUUCUAGAUGCGUUCAAAAAGUUGGGCUAUAAAGCCAAGACGUUUGAUACCCCUAUGAAGAACUCUGAGAGCGCCUUGCACAAGGAGGUGGACAACUUCUUGAGCAAGCCAAGAGAGAAGAACAAAAAUAUACUUCUCAUCAUUUACUAUCACGGACAUGGCGGAGUGUCAUCCGAUGGACUGGAAUUCGUCAGCCAUAACAUUCCGGACGAUACAUAUGAGCUGGGCCGCACGAUGAGAUCGAUCCUGGAGCACCUUGCCAACGCCAACAACAGCAAGAGUGCUGAGGCUACCCAGUGCAUCAAGUGCGCUGGAUCUAACGGCUGCACCAAUUGCACCAUCGGCAAUGAUCGAACUAGGAAGAACAUAACCAACGAGUGGAAAAGAUAUCAGCCCGUUGCCCGGGUGAAGUGGCAUUAUAAAGACCAGCAAAAACCAAGCCUCAGGACCAAGAUUUUGGACGCACAGAACGACACGCUGGUCAUUCUUGACUGCUGCAAUGCGGGACUUGCUACCGUGGGUAGGGCGUGGCAAGGUGUCGAGAUGGGCGACUAUACAGCGAAAAUCCAGGAAAGCGAUGAGAAACUCAAUCCUUACCGCAAGGAGCUGAUUGGGGCUUGCGGCUGGGACGUCGCAACUGCAAAUUGGAUGACCCGGGCUCUGCUACAGUCCCUGGAAUACCAGCUGCGUGAUAAGCUCCACGCUGUGUCGAUGCCUACGGUCGUUCGCGACAUGAACACCAUUCUGGGCGACAAGUUUUUGGAAGCAGGCGGGGGACAUCGCGAUCGCAAGGCAUUCCCCCAGACUGUGCACUAUCUACUCGAUCGAACCAGGAGAGGAAGAAUACUUUUGGAGGCGCUCAAAAAGCCGGAAUGGGAGCCCGGAAAGAAGGAGAAAGCGAAACCAAAGCGGCGUAGAGCAUCGUAUUGA